AAGUCAAUAAAAUAAAAGCAAAGCGACGACAACGACUUCAGGGGAAGUACAAAAUCAUCGCGCGAUUCAUUUUGUUUGUCGAAAAUUCCCAAUUCCUGAGUCAAGAACCCUAAUUGCAAAUAUGGUUUGCGUUAUGUGUUUGGUGCCGCUGUUCCUCGUCCCGCUCGUCAAUUUAAUGCCUCGCAUCAUCGAUUUCUUCAUGGCGAAAUUGUACGCGUGGCUUGGAUGGGAGUACAGGAAGCCAGCGAGAGUUCCUCCAGCUUGUCCUUUCAAGCCUGUUGCUAAUAAUAACGACAACGCUACCAAAGUGGCUGCUGAAACUGGAACUGAAGGUACAGAAACAAUAGCUAAACCUGUAGUUGCGGAGGAGACGGGUGGGGUUAAGCAGGAUUGAGCCCGAGUCUUUUUUCUUUUCAAUAAAGCUUUUGUAUUUGUGGAUAUGUUUUGGAUAAAAGAAGCUGGAAGAUGAAAUUACCAAUUGUGAUAAUCUUAUACGUUGAAAACUUUUUGGUAAUUUUCCCGUUAAAAAUGCUAUGUAAACAGGUCUUUUCUUAUGUCUACUUCUCUUUCUUUUUUUGGUGUCUUGCAUGUGGGGGGAGGAGAUGUCGAAUUCCUCAGUAAAUUUCGGAUCACUGUACUAGUUGAGCCCAAAUCUGAUCCAAUCGAGUCAUGCCUUCUUGUUGUAUCCCUUUGUUUUCUUGUAAGUUUGUUUAUUACGACUA